GGCCGCCGGCAGGGCCUCAUACCGCUCGGAUUAUCAGCUCGAAGAAGCCGCCUUGUGUGUGAGUGCCAGGCCGGGAGGAAGAGGCACCUUCACAGGGGAGGGUCAGCUGGACCGGUGAUAACAGAGCGGCUGGAGCUGAGCAGAUGAACCGUGAAGGUGCCCAGGAGAAGAGUCCUGAAGAGAUGUAUAUCCAGCAGAAAGUGCGAGUGCUGCUGAUGUUGAGGAAGAUGGGAUCAAAUCUCACUCCAAGUGAAGAAGCAUUUCUCCGAACCUAUGCAGGAGUAGUGAACAGCCAGCUUAGUCAACUUCCACAGCAUCCGAUUGAUCAGGGUGCAGAAGAUGUCGUGAUGGCCUUUUCCAGACAAGAAAGUGAGGACAGGCGACAAUGAAGGGGAAUCGUUACUGAUGGUUGGGAGCAGGCAGUAAGAUUAUCGACAAUGUGUGUGAAGAUUCCAGGGUGUUCAUGAGUUGCUAGUCUCCUCAUGUGCUGCAACAUCACAGCUGUGUAUCUGUGAUAACCAGUGUUGCUCAUCAGGACAGCCUCGACCGACCAGGAAAAAAAGACUUGGUUUUUUGAUUCAGGCAGGAUGCACUGUCCGUCUGUUUUAUUUCUGUUUGUUUGAGUUGGAUUAAAUUUUUUUUGUAAAUAUGUGUGCUGCAGGCCGUGAGCAAUCUAAAUGCAGUUUAAUUAAAGCUGGUCUGUGUCCCUCGUGCUCUGCACUGAAACAUCACUUAUCCACUCCCACUCUAGACACUGAUGCAGUAUUUUCCAGCCUUGCCAGUGGACUCUGUGGAGAAUUGAUUAACAUUGCACGUCCUUUACAGCAGAAUAAUAAACACAACAGACUGGAAACAGCAGCAUACAGAGCAUUCGGACAUUUUGAAAUGUUAAAUUAAUUUAAGUUGUAAGACCUCCUAAAACUAGCUUUAGUUAUCUGUUCUUUUUGUGUCAGCAGUUAAGCAGCAUGCACAAAUUUUUAAACAAAAUCUUACGUCAUGACCAAAAUGUAAUCAAACAGCUUGUGUGCUUUACUUUCAUUUCUCUUGGCCCCCUGUCUGUUUUUAAAGGAAAAUGAUCACACAGGCUGACAGUUUACUAAAAGAAAACACUAGCUGCAAACACCAGAGUGAACAAAAACAAAAAACUGAUUUAUGCAACAUUCGGGAAGCAGGCCAUCAGGGAAAGGUGUAGUUUUAAACAUUCAAAAUGGCAAAGUUACUGUUGAAGGUACAGUUAGAGAGUAACCUAUCCCGUCAGCCCUGGGAGAAUGCAAGCAUCCAUUUCAUUGCCUUUGUGAAGCGUGGAUGUUCACAAAGUAAAAGUCUGCUGUGUUUUAAUCAUUCAUAUUUUACAACGUACCUCUCAAGCUGCCCAGCAGUUUGCAGUUUUGACUCUGUCUUAGUUUUAGUAUUUCUUACUCUGAAUGAAACGAGUAUUGCAUGUGUAUAUGUGUUUUAAUGUGACAGCUGAAUUGAUGUUGGGAUGCCAUUGCCUGGUAAUACAUUCACAUCGCUCCAGAUAUUCUUUGAAGCUAUGUGCUUCCAAAUGAGUUAUACCCUGGCAGAUGCUGUGCUCUGAGCAGUAUUGUCCUUGACUUGGGUUGCAGUUAAGGAAAUGUAUUGAUUUUUCACCCCUACAAAUAAAAGCCAGCAAAGAACAAAAUAUUAAGAGGUGUCUGAUUCAGGAAACACCAUUCCUUGCUGCAAUGCUGUCAAAACUUGCUUGCCAGAAUGAUUAACACCUCCCUCCCCAAAGGUAAUGAUACAUUAAACUUCUGCAUUAAAAUACAAGAUUUUCAGAUUAAUACAAGCUAAUCUUUUGAGUAAAAUGCUUGUUUCUAAACUGAUGGGGAUAUUUCAAAGCUUCAGGAAUGUUUGCCUUUCAUGAAGUGCUGCUAUGCUUUGGUCACAGUCAAAAAGUGUAGUGCUGGAGAAGCACAGCCAGUCAGGCAGCAUCUGAGGAGCAGAACAGUGGACAUUUUGAGCACAGCUCUUCAUCAGGAAUUCCUAAUAAACCGCUUAUGCUCAAAACGUCAACUCUCCUGCUCCUCGGUUGCUGCCUGACUGGCUGUGCUUUUCCAGCACCACACUUUUUGACUCUGAUCUCCAGUAUUUGCAGUCAUCUCGUUCUCCAUAUAUCUUGAUUAGCAAAGGCAAAUUUAUUUUUAGUGCGAAUACUCUACAAAUUCAACACCUGUGAUACACCUGACUUUUGUAUUCUAUGCUGUAUCUAUUGAAAAUCACAGGAAAUCUAUCCUCCAUUUACCCCAACCUCAUGCCAGUUUGAGACACAAUGAGUUUACGACUUCAAUCAACUUAUCCUGAUUAACAACUGCUCUUGUUUUAUGAUGGCUUGAGUUGUGAGAUCCUCUGGAACUUUACUCUGAGACAAUGGAUCUCUCACUGAAAACUGUCACCCAUGUUCAAUUUGAUGUGGAGCUGCCAGUGUUGGACUCGGGUGGACAAAGCUAAAAAUCUCACAACACCAGGUUAUAGGUAUGCUUCUUCACAUCUGCUGAAGGAGCGGCACUCCGAAAGCUGGUGCUUCCAAAUAAAGCUGUUAGACUAUAAGCUGGUGUUGUGAUUUUUAGCUACAUUCAAUUUGAGUUGAACGUUUUGCCCGCGUUUUUCUUUAUGGCAGGGAACUGUUUGUAUUUGAAUUAGUCCCUUUUGGAAUUAUUGGUGGGUAUUAAAAAAAAGGAUCAUUUCAUUAUAUGUGAAGUUAGCAGUAACCUUAUUGUUGUCUGAUUUUACAGAGCUUACAUCGUGCUGAAAGGGGAGCCAUUUUAGAGUCAUAGAGACGUACAGCAUGGAAACAGACCCUUUGGUAUAACCCGUCCAUGCCAACCAGAUAUCCCAACCCAAUCUCGUCCCACCUGCCAGCACCCGGCCCAUAUCCCACCAAACCCUUCCUAUUCAUAUAUCCAUCCAAAUGCCUCUUAAAUGUUGCAAUUGUACCAGCCUCCAUCACAUCCUCUGGCAGCUCAUUCCAUACACGUACUAUCCUCUGUGUGAAAAUGUUGCCCCUUAGCUCUCUUUUAUAUCUUUCCCCUCUCACACUAAACCUAUGCCCUCCAGUUCUGGACUCCCCGACACCAGAGAAAAGACUUUAUCUAUUUAUCCUAUCCAUGCCCCUCAUAAUUUUGUAAACCUCUAUAAGGUCACCCCUCAGCCUCCGACGCUCCAAGGAAAACAGCCCCAGCCUGUUCAGCCUCUCCCUGUAGGUCAGAUCCUCCAACCCCGGCAACAUCCUUGUAAACCUUUUCUGAACCCUUUUAAGUUUCACAACAUCUUUCUGAUAGGAAGGAGACCAGAAUUGCAAGCAAUAUUCCAACAGUGGUCUAACCAAUGUCCUGUACAGCCGCAACAUGACCUCCCAACUCCUGUACUCAAAACUCUGGCCAAUAAAGGAAAGCAUACCAAAUGACGCCUUCACCAUCCUAUCUACCUGCGAUUCCACUUUCACGGAGCUAUGAACCUGCACUCCAAGGUCUCUUUGUUCAGCAACACUCCCUAGGACCUUACCAUUAAGUGUAAACGUCCUGCUAAGAUUUGCUUUCCCAAAAUACAGCACCUCGCAUUUAUCUGAAUUAAACUCCAUCUGCCGCUUCUUGGCCCAUCUGGUCCAGAUCCCGUUGUAAUCUGAGGUAACCCUCUUCGCUGUUCACCACACCUCCAAUUUUGGUGUCAUCUGCAAACUUACUAACUGUACACCUUGUGCUCGCAUCCAAACCAUUUAUGUAAAUGACAAAAAGUAGAGGGCCCAGCACCGAUCCUUGUGACACUCCACUGGUCACAGGCCUCCAGUCUGAAAAACAACCCUCCACCACCACCCUCUGUCUUCUACCUUUGAGCCAGUUCUGUAUCCAAAUGGCUUGUUCUCCCUGUAUUCUGUGAGAUCUAACCUUGCUAAUCAGUCUCCCAUGGGGAACCUUAUCGAACGCCUUACUGAAGUCUAUAUAGAUCAUAUCUUCUGCUCUGCCCUCAUCAACCUUCUUUGUUACUUCUUCAAAAAACUCAAUCAAAUUUGAGAGACAUGAUUUCCCACACACAAAGCCAUGUUGACUAUCCCAAAUCAGUCCUUGCCUUUCCAAAUAUAUGUACAUCCUGUCCCUCAGGAUUCCCUCCAACAACUUGCCCACCACCGAGGUCAGGCUCACUGGUCUAUAGUUCUCUGGCCUGUCUUUACCGCCCUUCUUAAACAGUGGCACCACGUUUGCCAACCUCCAGUCUUCCGGCACCUCAUCUGUGACUAUCGAUGAUACAAAUAUCUCAGCAAGAGGCCCAGCAAUCACUUCUCUAGCUUCCCACAGAGUUCUCGAGUACGCCUGAUCAGGUCUUGGGAUUUAUCCACUUUUAACCAUUUCAAGACAUUCAGCACUUCCUCCUCUGUAAUCUGGUCAUUUUGUAAGAUGUCACCAUCUAUUUUCCUACAGUCUAUAUCUUCCAUAUCCUUUUCCAAAGUAAAUACUGAUGCAAAGUAUUCAUUUAGUAUCUCCCCCAUGUUCUGCGGCUCCACACAAAGGCCGCCUUUGUUGAAGCUUUUUCUCUUGCACUUUUUUGGAUAAAUGCAGGAAUGCCAUACUUUGAAUACCUUGUUCAAUCAGAAUUUACUUCCAAACAAUCAACAUCCUUUUCUCCUGUAGUAUAAAUUGUUAUAAUGGUUUUGAAAUUUGGCACUCUUGCAAGUGUCCUGAGGAAUUAAUGACGAAAAGUUUCAACAAAUUGCCUCUUUUAAGUAAUGAUAAGUUAACACAGUUUUGUGACCUGUUGGAUGGACCAUUACUGAGUAUGCGUUGGGAGGCAAUAGUAUAGUGGUAAUGUCGCUGGGUUAACAAUUCAGAGCCCCAGAUUAAUGUUCAAAAGACAUGGGUUCAAAUCCCACCAUGGCAGAUGGUGAGGUCAAUAAAAAAGUCUGCAGUUAAAAUCAUAUCUCACGUUGACCAUUUUCAUUGACAGUUGUUGACUGUCACGAAAAAAAUCUGGUUCACUGAUGUCUUUUAAGGAAGGAAAUCUUCCAACCUACACGUGACUCCAAACCCACUGCAAUGUGGUUGACUCUGAAAUGACCUAGAGAGCCAUGCAGUCAGGGAUAGGGAACAACUUGCCAGUAGCACGAAAGAAGUUACAGGGUCACAGCUGGGUCCUAGAUGCUGUAUAAUUUAUGAGCGAAAUGUUCUGGAGGAAAUAUCCAAAAUUCCCAGGAAAGCUGUUGGGGCUUUUGAGGUUUAAAGGCUCUGUGAUGUGCUUUGCGGACAUCCAUUGGUAUCUUGAAAGGCUGUCUGGUACAUGUGCCUGUGAUGUGCUAAGCCCCUACUUACACUGCAGAUUUGGUGCCCCUUUUGCAAAACUGGGCUGGCUGCGUUCAGAAAAAUACCUAAAUGUGACCUAACCAGCAAUCCUUAAUUUAUGAAGAAUACCAUGCUUAGUCUAAUAAAUGAGAGCUGCAUCAGUGACUGGUGUGUCCCAUCUCCAUGUGAUUCCAUAAAGCUCAUCUAUUUGCAGCUAUCCAACUGCAUUGGCAGCAACAUAGCCUCUGUUUGGUUCUGUUUCCCACCUGUGUCAAUCGUGACAGAAAAGAAAUUUACUUGUGGCUAUGAAGCCAUCUAUUGCCUAUACCAUAAGUCAACUGGAUUUUGCAAUGCAUCCAAAAAAAAAGACUCCUUUAGUUUAAAACUAGGGACCCAAAUACAUUCAUUUUUAGUUCUGCCCUGUGGCAGUGUAGUUAGUGUACAUGCAGUUUUUGUACCAUUUUUUGCUAACUUGGUUUUGUACAUUAUGCUGCGUAUUGCACUAGUUAAUAGUGACAGCUCGUGCUGUAGGUCUGCAGGUACUUUGGCGUGGUGGCUAUUUAUAUUUUAGUUACUAUUUGCCCUUCAGCUAAUUAAUCCCCUCAUGGGGGGCAUGGAGAGAGUAAGUUUCGCUGCUGUAGGGAAAGCUGUGGUGCACCGUUCAACAAGUUGGUUUUUUUGGCUGCACAGCAUUACUAUUGUGCUGUAAACUUCCCAUCCCAAUAUUCCCGAGCCUGCUGCCAUUAUCUUCCAGGAGUCUUCACCUGGGUCUUUGAGUUACUAGAAGCCAGACUCUACACUUUCUCUGAACAAACUGCAAAGCAUUAAAGAUGAUUCAGAUGUAUUUCAUUGAGCAUUGUGGUUGCAUAUGGAAUCUGUUUCUGAAUAUAAUAUUGGUAGUUUUUAAGAGGAGUACAACGUAAUGAUGAAGGUGUAGACAGAAAUAACCAUCAAAUACCAAGUGUGGAACACUGACCCUAUACUGCUGAAACCAGGAAAGUAUGUCUGCAAGGUGUGAAGAGCUGGGUGAACACGGCAGGAAUGAGUCCUGAACUUUUAUUUAGGAACAUUAAGGAAUACCCCAGGAAGACAUUUUUACCAUGUUAUCCCCCAGAAGGAUCAUUUUUAAUUGUUAUUUGAAAAUCAAUCGAUCAAAUUUUCAAUGCCCUGUGAAAAUUGUAAUUGUAAAGCCAUUUCUUAGUUCUGUAAAAUAAUUGAGAUCUGACCUUUUGAACGAAUCAGGCUGGUAUAAAUUAGGCUGGUAUAAAUUAGCUUUUAAUUGGAAGAGCGAGUGAGAGAAGCUUACCCUUUGCCUUACUUUCGAAUUGUUUUCCUCACUUUCUGCCUGUACCUGCUUAACUGAAAUUAGACACCGCCUUCUCUCUCACCCCCUCAAACCAAUUAUUGUCUUUGUGCUUUCCUGCUCCACCCUCCAGUUUUAGUAAAUAUGAAUUGUAAACGUAGCAGUGUUUGUACUCUGGGUGAAUAUGUAUAAACUGCACCUUUGCAGUAAUCCUUUCUAUCAUUGGAACAGGCCACAGCCAUACAUGCCUAAGGACUUGCACUGUCAUGGCUGAGUUCCAGAGCUGCUAGACUCCAGUGUUACUGAAUGGAAAUGAGUCUGGUUUACCCUAAGCAUCUUGAGACAUCUUCCCCCGAGCUGAUUAAAUCUUCCUGUUUCUGUUUGGUUGUAUUUUAUAAUAUAACUCUGAAAGUAAACUACAAUGCUUUACUGUGGCAAAGUAAUUUUUGAUGGGGGGGAGGGGUGAUGUUGGAGAGUAAGAAGUUUAUUAAAGUAUCACUGUUGUCCUAAGACCUGCUGACCCUAAUGUGUCAUGUUUUGUAAUAAAAAUAAAAAUUUGCCAACUAUACAUCUUUCAGAUUAUUUUUUAUUACAAUUUUGAUAUCUUUGUGAGUCCAUUAUCACUAAGUACAUGAACAAAAAUGUUUGGAGGGAUAUGAGCCAAGCUCAGGCAGAUGGGACGAGUUUAGUUUGGGAUUAUGGUCAGCAUGGACUGGUUGGACCGAAGGGUCUGUUUCCAUGCUGUAUGGUUAUGACUUGAAGUUCACCAAUUUCUGCCUCCAUAACUUCACCCAACUGUACCCUUGCCUCCU